AUGAACAGCCAGCUAUCUAACGGCAGAGCAGCAGAGGAUGUGCAGCAGGAGCAGAGAGAGCAGGAGAGAUCGAGCAAAGAUAUGGGUGCUGCCAAUGGCCACUGCACAAAAAGUGACCAGGCCAUAAAAGAGCAUCUUACUGAGCUGUUUGACUCUCUCCCGCAGAAGAGCCCACUGAGAGAUAGAAUAGAGUUUACUGUCUGUGAAUCAGUAGCCACUAUCUCAGACAAAACCCGUUCUGACUCUAAAAAGAUACGCCUUUUUUCUCCUUUUAGCUAUCUUAAACACUUACUGGACGGAACAGAGGGGAGCAUGCUAAUAGACCAGCUCCUCUCGCUAUUAAACACGCCCUCUUUGAUGACUCUGCACGCUCUGCCAGAUGUCCAUGCAGGGAAGGUCUUCCCGGUGGGCAUAUCCUGCACUUACAGCGCAGAUAGCCCGUCGUGUGCAGUGAUUCCCGACCUGAUAGGCGCAGACAUCAACUGCGGCGUAAGAGUAUGGAGCACAGCGAUAAAGAAGAGCCUGUUCAUGGAGAAAAGACAGAGGAUAAUGGAUCUAGUGGCAGAGCGCAUAAAAAUAGAUGUAAGAUGCAGCGAUGUGCCUGUGCUUGGAGAUGAGAACGAUGGUACGGCUAUAAAUAGCAGCAAUGCACAGUCUAGUGCUGCAAAAGGCAACAAGUCCACAGACUGUUGCAUAGACGGCAUUGGCACUGUGAAUAUAAAUAGUGUUGUUACCGAAGGAAUCAGCUAUCUCGUGCGCAUAGGCCUGGCCACUCCUAGUGACCUCUCCUGCACUGAGUAUGCUGGGUCCAUGCCCGUCUCUUCUGGCCGCGUGCUCAGUGCUAAGACUAAGCACAGGGGGAUAGUUCAGCUGGGCACGCUAGGCAGCGGCAAUCACUACCUAGAGUUUCAGUCUGUUUCCAAAGUCUACAAUAAUAAAACAUGUACAGAUUUGGGCUUGGAUACAGAUAGCAUAUGCAUAUCGGUGCACACAGGAAGCAGAGGGCUGGGCAGCAGAGCAGUGCAUGAAUACCUAAGUAAAUGCCAUUUGUAUAGGAAUGCCGCCACAGGAGUAUGCGAAGUGCCGCUAGAUAGUAAACUAGCACAGGAGUACCUAGAGACAGUCAAUGCCUGCAGCAACUAUGCCUUCUGCAACAGGGUUAUCAUAGGAAAGCUGCUGGAACAGAUACUGCUAGAAGUGUUCAAUGAAGACAUUCGCAUGGGAGCAAUCAGCGACUCAGUGCACAACGUGAUGAGACUAGAAGGCAAUGUUCUUACAGUCAGGAAAGGAUCUACUAAACUGGGAAAUACCAGUAGCACUGCCAUAAAAGGCAGUAGAGAUAUAUCUGUAAGCAGUAAUAAUAUGCCUAGUGUUGUAAGUGUGGGUGGCUCUAUGUCCACGGGUAGCUACAUCCUGGAGGCAGGGCCCAGUGCUUCUAUGACUGAUUAUACGACAUGCCACGGGUCUGGGCGCAUUAUUAGACGCAAAGAUGUCUCCAGCACCAUCUCUUUAGCCGAUACCUUCAGUGAACUCUCCACUGCCGAUGUACUGGUUCUGGCUGGCAACGCAGAUAAGCUGCCAGAGGAGUCUAGCAGAACGUAUAAAUGCAUAGACGCAGUGGUGGAGUACUGCGAGACUGUGGGAAUAUCCAAUAGGGUGUGCAAGCUAGUGCCUCUGUCCGUGUUAAAGGGAUAG